AUGGGGCGCACUGUCGACCAAGACGUCCACGCGGCGUUUGUCGAAUUCAAGGCCAAAGAGGACGAUAAAUGCAUGUCCGUCCAGUGCAUCUACUGUCAACAGAUCCGAGCAAAGAACACCUCGCGUCAGAAGCAACACCUGCUGGAGUGUCCUGGCUUACAGAAUCAUCCCAAUGCCCCUCGACCUCAAUCCUCUACUGGCGAUAGCAUCGCCCCUCCCAACGGCUUCGGCACUCCAUCCAGUCUACACACAUCCAAUGGUGCCAUCGCAAAUGGCAUUGCUUCCCAUGGCACUCCCAUGCAAGGCAUCCCGACCACCUCGUCGAUGCCCCACCAGGCGCCACAAUCGGUGACGAGCACCCCCGUUCCAAGAUCAACUCCUAAACCACCAAAGACCCCAAAGUCUACUCCAGGCUCUAGCCUCCCUGCCCCGCCCCUCGACGACGUCCACGCCGCCUUCGUCGAGUUCAGAGCGAAAGAGGAGGAUAAGUGCUUGUCGGUACAAUGCAUCUAUUGCAACCAGAUCCGAGCGAAGAACACCUCCCGACAACGCCAGCAUCUGAUGGAGUGUCCCACUUAUCAGAAUGUCGUCAAGGAGUCCAUCCCUGCAAACAACCUCCUCCACCGCUUCGACGAAGGGGAUAUUGCGCGUUCGUUGCAGUUGCCCGCGCCUACCCUGGAGCUCGACUUCCGUAUCAGCAUCAAGCUCAAUCCCAAGAUCUCCGUGGGCUCGGGUCUGUACGGCCAUCGCGAGUGGGUCAGCAUUGUCGGAGGACAAUGGGCAGGCAGAUGGGGCAAGGGCAUCAUCAUUCCUGGUGGACAAGACAAACAGUUGGUCGUCAAAGAUCUUGCGACCCGCAUUGAUGCCGACUAUCUUCUCCAAACCAAUGACGACCCUCCCGCCUAUAUCACCGCAAGGUCCAAGGGCUGGCGCACCGGUGCAAAGGAAGUACUCGAGCGUCUCAAUGAUCCAUCGCUUGCGGACACCCUCUCUGCGAAUCAAUACAAAUUUCGUAUCUCCGUGGAGCUCGAAACCGGAGACGAGCGGUAUGCAUUCCUCAAUACCUGCCUGUGGAUGGGUAGCGGAUGCCGUAGGGCGAAUGAGAUCAUCUACGACGCAUAUCGAGUUGGCUAG